GUGACCUAUGAUGAUGUGAAUGUCGACUUCACUUGGGAAGAGUGGACUUUACUGGAUCCUUCCCAGAAGAAUCUCUACAAAGAUGUGAUGCUGGAAACCUACAGGAACCUCACUAUUAUAGGUAAGAAUUGGGAAGACCAUAAUACGGAAGAGCAUCUUCAAAGUUCUAGAGGAGAUGAAAGCCAUCUUCAAGAACAUAAAAGAAAGCAUACUGGAGAGAAACCCUAUGAAGGAAAUCAUGGUGAUAAAGCCUUUUCAUGUCAAAAUAGUCUUCAAAUGCAUAAAAAAAACCUUAGUAAAGCCUUUACACAAUUCAGUAGUCUGCAAAAGCAUACAAGAACCCAUUCUGGAGAGAAACCCUAUGAAUGUAAUUUGUGUGGUAAAGCCUUUGCACAAUUCAGUUAUCUUCAAAGGCAUACAAGAACACAUACUGGAGAGAAACCUUAUGAAUGUAAAGAAUGUGGUAAAGCCUUUGCAUAUCACAAUAAUCUUCAGAGGCAUAAAAGAACACAUACUGGAGAGAAACACUAUGAAUGUAAUCAGUGUGGUAAAGCCUUUACAAGUCAUAACCAUCUUAAUACACAUAAAAGAACACAUACUGGAGAGAAACCACAUGUUUGCAAUCAGUGUGGUAAGGCCUUUGCCCUUCACAGUCAUCUUCAAAGACAUAAAAGGCCACCUCCUGGAGAUAAACCAUAUGAAUGUAAUCAAUGUGGUAUAACCUUUGCAUGUCACAAAGUUUUUCAAACACAUAAAAGAAAACAUACUGGAGAGAACCACUAUGAAUGUGAUCAGUGUGGUAAAGCCUUUGUACAGCAAAGUCAUCUUAAAGAAUAUAAAAGAAAGCAUACUGGAGAGAAACCCUAUGAAUGUAAUCACUGUGGUAAAGCCUUUGCCUGGCACAGUACUUUUCAAAUGCAUAAAAGAACACAUACUGGAGAGAAACCCUAUGAAUGUAUUCAGUGUGGUAAAGCCUUUGUAAUUCACAAUCGUCUUCAAAUACAUACAAGAACACAUACUGGAGAGAAACCCUAUGAAUGUAAUCAGUGUGGUAAAGCCUUUGCAUUUCAUCGUAAUCUUCAAAUGCAUAAAAGAACACAUACUGGAGAGAAGCCCUAUGAAUGUAAAGAAUGUGGUAAAGCCUUUGCAUAUCACAAUCAUCUUCAAAUGCAUAAAGUAACACAUACUGGAGAGAAACCGUAUGAAUGUAAUCAGUGUGGUAAAACCUUUGCACAUCACAGAUAUCUUCAAAGGCAUAAAAGAACACAUACUAGAGACAAACUCUAUUAAUGUAAUUAGUGUGGUAAAGCCUUGGCAUGUCAUUACAAUCUGCAAAGACAUAAAAGAACAUAUACUGGAGAGAAAACAUAUGAAUGUAAUUAGUGUGGUAGAACCUCUGCACAACUCAAUUGUCUUCAGUAUGAAAUUUCAAUAUGCACCUAUAUGAAAAAGUUA